ACUUGUUGGCCACCCAUGGCGGCCGCCAUCGACCUCCGCCCCCGCCCCCGCCCCCGCUUCGUCCGCGUAUUUCCCGCCCCGCCUCGCCAACACUCCCUCUCUCUCUCGCCUCGCCCUCGUACCCUUCUCCUCCGUUGUUCCUCCUCCCCCGUAAGCGCCGCAGUUACCAAGCCCCCCCAACCCCAAGAGUUCAUCGUCGUCACCUUCUAUAAGUUCGUGCCCGUCCAGGACCCCCGCGCCGAAGUGGCCAGACACCUCCACUUCCUCCAGGGACGCGACUUACAUGGCCGCAUUUACAUGAAUGAGCAGGGAAUCAAUGCCCAGUACAGUGGUCCACAUAAAGAUGCAAUAGCAUAUGCAGAUUGGCUUAGAAAAGACCAUCGAUUUCAUGAUCUACUUGUCCAAACCUCUCCAUCGUUAUGUGGGCAUGCUUUUCCUCGGCUGAAACUGCGGUACAAACCAUCGCUUGUUCAGUUGGAAGGAGGUUGUUCACAUCUUCCUUUGGUGGACCCUAGCAUGCGGGCGACACCAUUGACUCCAUCGGAAUGGAGGGAAAGACUUGAAGCUAGAAAAUGCCUUGAUGCGUCAUUGAGUGAAGCAGCCGGAGAUACCUCUGGAAAGAAGCUUUUGCUCCUCGAUGUCAGGAAUGAUUACGAAUGGGAUAUUGGGCAUUUUCAAGGAGCUCAGCGGCCUAAUGUGGACUGCUUCAGGAGCACUUCCUUUGGGCUCUCUGAGUCAGAGCAGGAGAUGGAUUCUUCGGAUCCACUAAAUGGUAUAGACAAAGAGAAUACGGAUAUACUAAUGUACUGCACUGGGGGCAUAAGAUGUGAUAUGUAUUCAACGAUUCUUCGGAAGAAGGGCUUCCGGAACCUGUAUACAUUGAAGGGAGGAGUGUCCAAUUAUCUGAAGGAGGAGGGCUCUGCAGGGUGGGUGGGGAAUUUGUUCGUCUUUGAUGGACGGCUCUCCCUGCCACCGGUAACUUUCAAGCCUGUAGCGGGAGCAGCAGCUGCUGCUGCUGAUGAUGAUGAGGGGAGAAACAGAAGCAGUUCAGAGCUGGGGAGAUGCUAUGCAUGCGGGUCGGAGGUGGUCGAGUUGAGGCACCGGAACUGCGCAAACAUCGACUGCAACCGGCUUUACCUGUGCUGCCGGCGGUGCGUGGGGGAGCUGAGAGGGUGCUGCUGCCAGAUCUGCACGGCGGCGCCUCGCCUGCGACCGCUGCUGCCACCACACCAGAGAUACCAGAAGUGGCAUCACUACCGCCAUCUGGACCUGGGAGCACCAUCAUCCUAGCUUUCAUUCGCACCUAAUUUUGCACUGCUUACUGCCAUAUCGAUGGAUGGAUUGUAUUUUUCCUUUAGCUUUGAGGUGCUUGUGCAGCUAACGACCUUUUUUUUUCUGUUUAUGUUUAUAUUCCAAAAUUUAAAUUUUUAAUAUUAAA